AUGUGUUGACAAAUUGGAGGGCGGUCAGUAUAUCUAUUUACGUUUCCUGAGUAUACGUACUGAGUAGUUUCCUCUCUGUCUCUCCUUCAUCGGACAUCAAAGAGGUGGGCGCCAGAGAAAGAGGGAAAGUGGUGGCGGUUACUAGCGUCGGGGAGGUGGUUAAAAAUAAACAACAAAAAGGGAAAAGUUGUUUUUAGUAAUACAUAUUUACAUAAAAUACUUUGAAUAAUAAUCUCCGUGCAGUAGCGACAGUCAAUACUGCGAUAAAAUUACCAAUAAUGAGUGCAGUGAUCUAUCACAGACAGUCGAGUUAUCAGUCAGCUUCACCGUCAGCAAAAAUAUAUAAAAACAAACAGUCCCCAAGUUUUUAAACCACUAGUGCCUAUUAAUAAAUUUACCAUUUCACUUGACCAUGAGUACAAUUAUUUAUUGCCCGUGAAGAUUACAAAUUACAAGGGUAAAAAGAAAUAAAAAAAAAAAAUUAAAUAAUGCCGGCAGUCGCAAACUCGUCAUUGACUUACGAAAUUCUCAUGUACUUAAAUUCAUUUUACUUUGGAAUGUUCGCGGUAUGCGAACUGGGAAUGGGACUCUACAAAGCAACGAGUCUUCCAGCAUCAAAUUCCACGACAACGAUAACUGAAUUUUCACUUCUUCUGUUCCUAAUAGCCACCGAGGGCGGACGUGUCUACCUGGGCCGUAAGGGAAAUUUGACAGAACGAGGAGUUCCCAUUCUAUGUGGAAUUAUUUUGACAAUACCCAGUGCACUUACGACACUGUAUUUUCUCGUGUGGCAGAGUUAUGUCCUUAGACUAGAGAUGAUCCUCUGUAGUAUACAGUUGGUCCUGCUUACAUCUGAACUUGUCAUCUCCGUCCUGUGCCUUAUUGCCAUUUUUCGUCCUCCGCUCUUUCAAGAAUAAAUUACUAUUGUCAUUUAUUUAAUAUAUUCAUGCCACUCUAUAAUCAUCAUACUUAUUAUUAUUACUAUUAUUUAUAUUACUAUUAUUAUUAUUAUUAUUAAUAUAGAUAUAUAUAUUACCAUAUAUUAGAUAUGAUUAUUUAUUAUUAUCAUCAUUGUAAUAAUAUACGUUUGUAAAACCCCAGCAUGUGAUCUGAUCAAUAAUGCAUCAUAUAUAUGAUGAUUUAUCGCCUACAUACAUUUAAAGCUUUUACUUAAGGGUGGGCAGUACUAAUUUUUGAUUUUUUUUUUGUCUUGAAUAAAUUUGUCACAAAUGAUGUAAAUUUUCUAAAAAUUUUUGACGUUUUAAAAAUUUUUCCGGAAGUUAUGGAAAAUUUCUGUAAUAAAAAUUGACUAAUAAAUUUUACUUUUCCAAUUACGUUUUGGAUAAUUUUGUCAUCCAAAUGAUGGAAAUCUUCCGAAAAUUUUUGACGUCUUAGAGAUUUUUUGGAAACUAGAAAAUUUCUGUUAUAAAAGUUUAGUAAAUUAAAAGAAAAGUAAAAUUAAAAAGUUUAAUUAAUACGGCCCAUCUUUGAUAAAUUUCACUCAUUUAUUUCAUUACAAAUCAUUCCAAGCAUCAUCAUGUUAAUUUGAAACAACCUUUGGUUUAUUUAUGAGAUCGAUUAGAGUAGAAAUUUAAUUAAAACCCUUUGUUUUAUUUACUUUAAUAAUUUAUUAAUUGUGUGUAUUUCUGAGUCUGUACUAUAU